AGCGAGGGAGGGAGGCCGGGGCUGAGCCAUGCCGGGGGGCGGCUGCUGGAACCAGGGAUGGGGCGAGAGGCUGCUGCGGAUCCCAGCGUCUCCCCGCCGGGGGCCCAGGAAGCAGAAGAGCCGCCGCCGCCGCUGCUGAGAGCCAGCAAAGGGGGGCGAUGGGAUGAAGAUGAGACGCCACAAGCUCUUUCUGACUCUGUGCAUGGGUGGUCUCUGCCUCAUCUCCGUCCUGCACUUCCUCAAGGCCCUCUCUUACGUCACCUUCCCCCGGGAGCUGGCUUCGCUUAGCCCCUACAGCUUCUUCUGGAACAAUGCACCUGUCACGCCGCAGGUCAGCCCUGAGCCAGGAGGGCCGGAGUUUCUCCGCACGCCUCUAUACUCCCAUUCACCCCUGCUCCAGCCCCUGCCACCCAGCAGGGCCAGCGAGGAGCUGCACAAAGCUGAGUUUGUACUGCAGGAAGACACGUCAGAAUAUUUUGUCCAUACCAAAGCUGGCGGCGUCUGCUUCAAGCCAGGCACCAGGAUGUUGGAGAAGCCACCAGCAGGCCGGACGGACGAGAGAGAAGAUGGUGCUGCUUCGGGGCACCCAGCUCGCAAGCCGCUGAGCAACAGCGGCACAAAGCGGCGCAAGUGGGUGGAGUGUGUGUGCCUGCCUGGCUGGCAUGGCCCUAGCUGUGGGGUGCCCACUGUGGUCCAGUACUCAAACCUGCCCACCAAGGAUCGGCUGGCACCACGUGAUGUACCCCGGCGGGUCAUCAAUGCCAUCAACAUCAACCAUGAGUUCGACCUCCUGGAAGCCCGUUUCCAUGAGCUGGGUGAUGUAGUGGACGCCUUUGUGGUCUGCGAGUCGAACUUCACGGCCUAUGGCGAGGCGCGCCCACUAAAGUUCCGCGAGAUGCUCCUCAAUGGCUCCUUCGACUACAUCCGCCACAAGGUGCUCUAUGUCUUCCUGGACCACUUCCCUCCCGGUGGGCGCCAGGACGGCUGGAUCGCCGAUGACUACCUGCGCACCUUCCUGACGCGGGACGGCACCUCCCGCCUACGCAACCUGCGCCCGGACGACAUCUUCAUCAUUGACGAUGCGGACGAGAUCCCGGCCCGCGAUGGCGUGCUGUUCCUCAAGCUCUACGAUGGCUGGACGGAGCCUUUUGCUUUCCACAUGCGCAAGUCCCUCUAUGGCUUCUUCUGGAAGCAGCCCGGCACCCUAGAGGUGGUUUCUGGCUGCACAGUGGGGAUGCUGCAUGCCGUCUACGCCACGGAUGGGAUCCGCCUCCGCCGCAGAGAGUACUAUACUAUGCCUGGCUUCCGGCAGUAUGAGAACAGCACAGGCCACAUUCUGGUGCAGUGGUCGCUGGGCAGCCCCCUCCAUUUUGCUGGCUGGCACUGCUCCUGGUGUUUCACCCCAGAGGGCAUCUACUUCAAAUUGGUGUCAGCCCAGAACGGGGACUUCCCCCGCUGGGGUGACUACGAGGACAAGCGGGACCUCAACUACAUCCGGGAACUGAUCCGGACUGGUGGCUGGUUCGACGGCACCACCCAGGAGUACCCCCCUGCUGACCCCAAGGAACAAAUGUAUGCCCCAAAGUACCUGCUAAAGAACUACCAGCGGUUCCACUACCUGCUGGAGAAUCCCUACCGGCGGGCGGAAGGGGCUGGAUGAAGGGAGCGGGACUUGCAUGGGAAAUGGGAACAUUAGAGCAAAGGGAAAGAGUGAGGUGUCUCUUUUAUUUUCCUUCUUCAUUUUGUUUCCAGCUGAGGUGCGUAGUUUCUCUGCAUUCUCUGCCUUUCCAGGAGUGAGACUUGGGGUGGGAUUCCCAGUCACACUAACGAGGGCCAGAGGGAAGGAGAGGAAAUGGGAACUGGCCCUGCAGAAGGCAAAAAGACUAUGGCACACCUCCUCAAUCUUGCCUGCAGGGUGGAGAGAUCUUAUCCAGGGGGCAGAUUUUCCUACACGAGGGUGGGCAGAGGGAGCAGCUGCCCCCACCGCGGAACAGGUUGCAUGCACAUGUGAGUCUGGACUUGUCAAUGAGCAUGUGAGUGGGCGGGCGAAUGUAUGAUCAUGUGCAUGUGAGUGGAUGUGUGUGUCACGCGUGUUCAUGUGAGUUUGUGUGUACAUGUGCAAAAGCAUCUCUAUAGGCAUUUAUUUUUUUACCUGGUAUUCUUUAAAACAUAGCCUCCCUCUACCAACCUCAUGUCAAUGCAUCUCUCCUGGGCUCCACUCUUUGUCUAAUGUGCUGCUGGUCCUGGAGCUUGCAGAAAAGGGAAGUGGGGUGGAACACAAGUGCUUGUACUUCUUCCCUACCCCCACCUCACUGUCGCGCUGCACCCCACACCUUAGCUCUGCCCACAAAGCCUCAGGCUGUGUCCCAGCAACCUGCUUUCGUCAGAGGAGCAAGCUGCAGGGGUCUUCACUAGGUUGAUUGUGUGUUGUGUUCACAAGUGUGUGGAUUAGUGUGUGCACGAGUGUUAAUGUGCAUGGAUUUGGCAGAUGUGUGGCAGAGUGCAUGUGUGUGUGUGAGAGGGGUGGGAGAGUGGCAGGAUUCAGAAGCUCUGCUAUCUACUUAGGGGUUAAGGAUAUUCAGGGAACCCUCUACAAGCCUACUGGGUAUAGGGGGAGGCUGGGAAGCUGUAGGCUCUGCGUGCCAGUGCUCCAUAAAUGGGCCUAUUCAGAACCAGCUCUGGAGAAGGGGUAAGAAUGGGGACAACCUUAGGGAGGCACUGCUGGCAAUGUCUGUGGCAGGGAGCCUCCCUCCCCCAUAUAACAAUACAGUACAAGUGCUGGUUAAUCCUCUUCUCCCUGGAGUAAAAGGGAGGGGAAGGGGAAAUCCCAACCCCCUACAGCCUAGCCCGGGUGUUGGGGCCAGUGGGAUACAGACUGCAUCGAGGCACAGCACCCGCCCCAGGGACACAGAGAAUCCGCUGGGGAAUUACUCCUGGAACGCUGCCGCCUUGUGGCUGGGAGGAUGCGUGAUCCAGACUCCUUGUCUGGACUGUGUGGAGAGUCAUGCAAUGAGGAGGGGAAGUGACAGAACUGGAUUUAAGAGCCGAACCAAUUGGAGCCAGCGAGCUAAGCUCUCCAUCCCUGUUGCCCCUCCACCGGGUUUUUAAUGACAGGGCUUGUUUCUUUCCUCGGCUCUCUUGGUUCUUUGGGGUGACAGCCACCUUCCCCCUCUCCCAGUUUGAGCAAAUGGCUCCGUAGUGUGUAUGGAGCCCAAUCCGUAGCAUGUAGCAGGGUGAAGCUAUGUUAUUCUUCCAGCUGAGAGAGUACGCUGAAGAGAGAAAUGAUGGAAACAUGAUUCCCCACCCUCUUGUUUGGAAUAAGCAUGGGGGGAGAAAAGGGAAUGUUCCCUACAAGGUGCGAUCAUCCCCCACCAGCCAGGCCAGCUGUGCUGAAGAGAGGGGGCUUUCUUUGCCAGUGGGAGCGUAAAUCACCCUGACGAUCAGGACUCACCAUCCUUGUUUUUUUGCCUGGAUUCCCAUUUCUGCUACUCUCUUUCCCCCCACCUUUGUGCUCCCUCCUCCGUCUGUCUGGGGGAAAGUGACAGGUCCUAGAGCUCAGUUCUAAGGUUGUGCCUUCCUCCUGAUCCUAUAAGUAUUUCUAAGGUUCUUAUGUUAUCUUGGUAUCUAUUCCCCUAGCACUCUGAAUUAACUAAAUUCCUUUUUCCAGCAGCUGUGGGUCCAAAGUACACUUGAGAUAGAACAACAUAAAGCACCAAGAUUGGAACCCCUUGGUUUUUGACUGAUCUGAGUCAUGUUUAAUCUUAUCUCACUCCUAGUCCCAUGACAGGUGCUCGAAAGAGGCUAAACAUCAUUUCACUUUAUUCACAACUGCUAUCAUCGCCCACUACUGUCUGCUCCCUGAGAUCAUUGAAGGCUGGCCCACGGAAUGGGAGAAGGGGAGAUUUCCACCCUCACCCCUGGGAGAAAGCUGUUGCUGUGCUGCCCAAGCUGAGCUUUAUCUGCAUGACCCAUCAGCUAGGGUGUGAAGGAGGCGUGUUUCAGACAGAGGGGUGGCACCUCGCAGAGCGGGGUCUACAGGCCAGUCUGCCACAGAGAGUUCAUGAUUACGGUGAAGGAACCCGCAUGACUUACAGGAACUGGAGGGUGAUUGCAAAAAGAGGGGCAUAUGUUAGGGGAGAAGACUUUGCAGCAGUGGGUAUAGACAGCUGGGCAGUACUACAAUCCUAGGUGGAGGCAGAGGGAGAGCACCAUGCAUCACCACGAGGGCCUGGUGCAAGAUAUUGCAGAGAGGUAUGGAGGGACCCAGCCAUUGCUCAUUUUCUUUCAUUCUUGGAGAAAGAGUGAGAGCCCAGAACCUGCCCUCAGACCCUCUGCUUUGACUCCGCCUUUCCACAGAAACAACAAACAAACCAAAGUCCAGUCCCUGCUGACUGGAGGGGAGAGAGAGACACACACACUAUAUAUCUUUGUCUGCAAACUCCAUAAUGCUGGGAGGUGGUCAGCUGCCUUGAUGACACCAUAUAGCUAGAACUUGAGUCCCUUCCUUGCAGCACAGUUCUAGCCACUAAUCUGGGGUGGAUUUAGAACAUCUGGUUAACACCAGCAAUCUUGCUGGAUAGGAAGCGAUGUGGGAUCAAGCAGACCACAAUACAUCCACAGUACUGUACCGCCUCCCCUGGCACAGCACCUUUUCCCCAUUGUCCCCUCCCCUCUUCCAUUCGAUGGGCUCUCUGGGCUUCGCAUUGCACUGUAGGGCGUGCUUGCCUUGUCUAGGGUUUUGCAGUUGCCUGUUGUGAAUUUCUAAUGCACCCAUCGCUGCAGUAGCUAGGCCUGAUCCAGCACAGAGAUAUGGCCUGCUUGUUCCCCUUCCCUCCCUUAAUUCCUCACUGGCCCUCUUCCCUCUCUCUCUUUCAGUUCCCUUUUCUCACUAACAGCCACACUUCUCCCCCCCUCCCCCUCCCCGGUCCCCCAGGCAUGAGGAACAGAUUCCAUUGUAACUCGGUAAGAAUUGAGCUCCUCUGGGGACUCUUGAGAGGGCUCUCCGUCCCAAAGUCCCUCUCCCCGCCCCCUCCUCACUAGUUAGUUAGAAAUGAAAUUUGAAACAGGCUUCUGUGUUGAGGGACUUUCAGGAGAAAUGUGUUCGGUUUUACUCUUCAUUUUUGUAAUUGUUCAGUUUAAAGCCAAACCAGUUUAUAUCUGUGGUAUUUAACUUGCAUGGCUAAUCCUCUCUUGAUUGGGUUUAGAGAAAUUGACCUCUUGUGGAUUUAACAUCUUCCACUUCCAUCAUCCCUUGAAGGCAGCCGGGUGGGACUUUUGGGAACGGGCUCUUGCUGGUUGAUUUCUCAGGCCAGCAAUCUGCCCCAACCAGGCCCUGAAGGAAUGGGAAGCAGAGGUUACAUAUGUAAUUUGAUCAGAUAGCUGGAUGGGUGCCUAUAGGAGAGAGAGACAGAUUAAGCUUGAACAAGGAGCAACACAAAAGUGCAGGGUCUCAAAUUGUGGCAAGGGAGAAAUGGGUGUGAUGAUAAGGAUUGGUCCAGAGCCCUCAUUCCCACAAACCAUUGAUAUGAGCAGUCUGGCUUCUUUGAUUGAGUCUUGAUCUGGCACUGAAGAUGCUGCAAUGGAGUUUAGAAGGGAAAGCUUAAAAAACCCAAACCUGUAUCUGGGACGUGGUUAAUGACAAGAGGGAAGGGCUGGGACAGGAUUUCACAGCUGUUAUAUGCUAUUUGUUGCAGCAAUCACAACUGAGAAUGAGUAGUACAGCUCACUUCCUAUUUGCGCACAAACUCUUAGACAGCUGCUGCUUCACUCAUGGCUAAGUGUCUUUUCACCUUUAACCCCUCACUACCCUUCUUAAUUUGAACACGGAUGAGGCAGCCUCUGCAAUUUUUGGGACUUACACUCUGCUGCGUGUCUGUUUCAGCCUGUUGUAUUAAUGUCCCCUGCUCCUUUGUAGUUUUCAAGGCUCUCUCACCCCAUCCCCCCACAUUAAGUCCUGAGAGGCGGACUCUUUCCAGGUUAUUUAUAAGUGGGGGUGUGGACAUGGUGUUGGAGCAGGUGGGUCCCCCUUACUGGACUUAUUGGCUUGAAGGGGCUUCUCCCUAUCCCAUCAGUGGAGCUGGUGGCAAACCUUGGUGAUGCUCAGAGCCAGAUUGAGUAUGAUAUCCCUAGGGGAACAGGAGACAAAGAAUCGGAUUAUUUUUACGGCUCUGUGUUUAUUAUGAAAAGGAAAACAUCACAGUUCUCUACUUAGUGUUCUUUCCUCCAAUAUUUGCAGUAUGUUCCUGGGGCUGAGGUAUUCCCUAGAACUCCUGUUUGCCUCCAGCCAGGGGACACAGUGCAACGUAUCAUUUAUAUGCUGAGGGUGGCAAAUGGAGAGGCUCUGAUUCAUCCCAUUAAUGGGGCAAGGCUGGUGGAGCUCAGAGCAGCAUUUUUUCCAGUUAUCCUCAAGCAAGGUAUCCUCCUGAGACCAUAGCUUCUUCUCACACCCUGGAACCACCCCACCUCAUGUCCCUUUGUCACCCCCUUUCUUCAUUGACUUUCAUGGCUGCCGCAGAUCUGCACUGUGAGAACCCUGGAGCUGGUCAUUCCUGGUCCUGUUAGUAAACACUGGUUAGGAAGGCAGUGGACAAGGGAAAGGUCAGCCUGGAUUUAUAGACCUCUAAAACUGGGGAGGAGGGAGCAGAAGGGGAAGGGACCCCAAAUCCUUUGGUCUUUGUGUUCAGAGUUCAAAAACAAACAAAAAAACUUCAAUCUCUCUGAGAAGUUGGAGGAGCUCACCCUUAAUGUGAAAAUAUAGGAGUAUAAAUGUGGGGUGGAAAAAAAUGGGAGGGGUUUUAACCCCAACUGUCAAGAAAAGGGAGGAGAGUAUAAUGCAAUACACAUACACUGGGAAUAUCAGAGCUGCAACCAAUGGUAUAGAAAGGAUGAAUACAAGGCCAAAAGCCAAACUGAGAAUUCAAACCACUGUCCAUUCUCAUUCCUGCAGGAAUGAUCAAGCAGUAUCCUCUGUGGAGCAAUGCACUAGCAUUCCCAUGGGACUGAUGCUAUCCAGGGAACUGACUUGUGGUGUUGCCCAGAGCGCCCUCUUUUGGCAAAGGAAUGCGUGGACUUGCCAAAAAAAACAACAACCCUGUAAUUUAUAAACACCAGUAAUAAUUAAUUUUUGUAAGGAUUAAUCAAAUGUACAUUCUGAAAUCAUUUUCUCUGUAAAUGGUUGGAUUUCAUUUCACCCUUAAAGGGAUACUUUAAAAGGAGAUGAUAAAAAUAAUAAAAAAUUUACAAAGUAUGAUGGGAAACCAGAUGGUGUCUGUGGCUGUCUUUAUUUCAGCCCACAUAGUC